AUGGUUCGUGUGAAGUCAAGAUAUGUAGUUGUGAAGCUUCGGCCUGAGGGAAAUAGAAGCGUGCCUAGUAUGGAUGUAUUAGGCUCAAUAAUCAAGUCGAAAGUAGAGAUUGAUUAUGGAAGACAUGUUUUGUCGAUGGUGGGGAACCUGGGAGUUGUUGAGUAUCUACCACACAGCCAGAUAGCAGUGAUCAAAUGUGAUGCUCCGGCAUGCAAACAUGUCUUGUUCACGAUUGCUACCAUAGGAGAGAUCUCUGGCUUCAAAUGCUCCAUGUCGGUUUUAUGGGUAUCUGGGAUUCUUAAGCGAGCGAUGAGGAAGAUUCUAAAGUAUGUGAAGAUGGAGAAGAGAUAG